GCAGGUAGAUAAAGGCUGGGGAAAACAGGAAUCCCCGGCGCGGCGGCAGUGGCGGCGGGACGGCAAUGCCUGCAGAUGAUGCCAUGGACGGGGGGGCUCAGCCGAGCGGCCCCCCGGAGCCCCCCGGGGACGGUGGCGCGGAGCAGGAGGGGGCUGCCAGCCCGCCCCACGGGCACGGCCUCGGCCCCGGCGAGCGGGACGCGGGCGAGGGGCCGCCCGCCGCCGACGUCAAGCGCUCCCAGCCCCUCUUCAUCCACGCCGGCAGCCGGAGGCCGGAGGAGCUGCGCGCCUCGUCGCUGCCCUGCAUCCCCAACCCCUUCCCCGAGCUCUGCAGCCCCUCCAACUCGCCCAUCCUCAGCAGCCCCCCCGCUGGGCAGGGGCCCCCCCGCGAUGGCGCCUCCCACGUGGUGAAGGUGUUCGGCGAGGACGGCGCGUGCCGAUCGCUGGCGGCGGCGGCGGCCACCACGGCGCGGCAGCUCUGCGAGACGCUGGCGCAGCGGGCGCAGGCGCUGCACGACCACAGCUGGGCCCUGGUGGAGCUGCACCAGCACCUGGCGCUGGAGCGGUGCCUGGAGGACCACGAGUCGGUGGUGGAGGUGCAGGGCGCCUGGCCCCCGGGCGCCGACAGCCGCUUCGUCUUCCGCAAGAACUUCGCCAAGUACGAGCUCUUCAAGAGCAACGGGCAGUCCCUCUUCCCCGAGGUGAUGGUGUCCGGCUGCCUGGAGGCGAACAAGAGCAUGGCACACUCGGAGCUCAUCCAGAACUUCCUCAACUCCGGGAGCUGCCCCGAGGUCCAGGGCUUCCUGCACCUGCGGGAGGCCGGCCGCAAGGUCUGGAAGCGCUUCUACUUCUCCCUGCGCCGCUCGGGGCUCUACUACUCCACCAAGGGCACCUCCAAGGACCCCUGGCACCUGCAGUAUUUCGCCGACCUCACCGAGUCCAACAUCUACUACGUGACGCAGGGCAAGAAGCACUACGGGACGCCCACCGAGUUCGGCUUCUGCAUCAAGCCCUGCAAGGUGCGGAGCGGCACGAAGGGCCUGAAGCUGCUGUGCAGCGAUGACGAGCAGAGCCGGGCGUGCUGGAUGGCGGCUUUCCGCCUCUUCAAGUACGGCAUGCAGCUCUACCGCAACUACCAGCAGGCGCAGGCCCGGCUCAGCCAGCCCCCCUGGAUCGGCCCCACACCCCUGCGGAGCGUGUCGGACAACGCGCUGGUGGCCAUGGACUUCUCGGGGUGCACGGGCCGGGUGCUCGAGAACCCCGGCGAGGCGCUGACGGCCGCCCUGGAGGAGGCACAGGCCUGGAGGAAGAAGACGACGCACCGGUACAGCCUGCCCGCGGCCUGCCAGAGCUCCCCGCUCAGCGCCGCCAUCCACCGCACCCAGCCCUGGUUCCACGGGCGCCUCUCCCGCGAGGACACUCAGCGGCUCAUCGGCCGGCAGGGCCUGGUGGAUGGCGUCUUCCUGGUGCGGGAGAGCCAGCGCAACCCCAAGGGCUUCGUGCUGUCCCUGUGCCACCUGCAGAAGGUCAAGCACUAUCUCAUCCUGCCGAGCGAGGAGGAGGGCCGGCUCUACUUCACCAUGGACGACGGGCAGACCCGCUUCGCCGACCUCAUCCAGCUGGUGGAGUUUCACCAGAUCAACCGGGGCAUCCUGCCCUGCAAGCUGCGGCACUACUGCACCUGCGUGGCCCUCUGAGCCCGGCCGGCACCGCCGGCACCGCACGGUCCUGCGCGGCACGGCAUGCACGGUCCUGCACGGCAUGCACGGUCCUGCACGGCGUGCGCAGCAUGGCAUCGUCCUGCGUGGCAUGGCCAGUACCGCACGGUCCUGCACGGCAUGCACGGUCCUGCACAGCGUGCACAGCAUGGCAUUGUCCUGCGUGGCAUGGCCAGUACCACACGGUCCUGCACGGCACGGCAUGGCACGGUCCUGCACGGUGUGCCCAGCACGGCACGGUCCUGCACGGCACGGCAUGGCAUGGCCAGCAUGGCACGGUCCUGCACAGCAUGGCUGGGCACAGUCCUGCACGGCACGGCCUGGCGUGGUCCUGCACGGUCCUGCACAGCAUGACCGGGCACAGCCGGCACAGCCUGGCACAGCCGUCGCGGCACAGCCGUCGCGGGCUGGCACAGCCCUGCCCGGCGCGGCCCCUCGGGGGUGGCUCCGGAGGAGCCGGCACAGGGCUGAGGGAGGGAGCCCCCGGGCCACCCGGACCCCCCCCAGCGCGAGGCAGCCACCACGUCCCUUCCCACGUGCCGGCCCUGCCGUGGGGCCGGGGCCCCCGGUGCCCCCCACACUCCUGCACUUUCCACCCAGGGCCCGCGGUGACGGCCCCCACACUCCUCACCCAGCACUGGGGGGGCCCAGCCCCACGGAUGGGGUCCUGGGGGGACCCAGCCCUGGCCCCGGCUUGGCGGAGGGCGAGGGGCACCCGCCACCGCGUCCCCUCCCCAUCCCGUGCGUCCCCGCGAGGCCGGUCGAACUGUGACAUGUUUUAUACAAGUGACAAUAAAGGUUAUUUUUCCAGA